GGGGAUAAUCACGAGUGAUGAAUUAUACAGUCAAUAUAUCUUAAUAACAGUUUAAACAUAUCCGUAUUCAUGUAAUAUUACGUUCAAAAAUGGCGAGGCUAGGACUGAUUCUUAUAUGUAUGUUUUUAUUUGAAAUGUAUCAUUUUGAAUCAAGCAUUCACAAAAGUGUGUGUUUGGAGUUACAAGUAAAUAAAACAAUGAAACCUGUGUUUUGUCAUGGAAUGCUCAAGGAAAUAUGUGAAAUGGUAAGAAAUUAUUCUCAAAUUGAACGACUAACUGCGACAUUAAAUGAUACAACACUAUCAAAAGAUGAUUUUAACGGUUGUGAAUCAUUAAAGGAACUGUCACUGUCAAACAACAACUUGAUACAUCUGGAGAAAGAUGUGUUAUCAAACAUGACAGAGCUUACAUUACUGGAUGUGAGUCACAACAAACUAGAUAUUUACAGGGAAGAUACAGCUUAUGAACUAACACUUCCAGUUAGUUUACGUACACUAAAACUGAAUGGAAAUAUAAAAUCAAAUGUGAGCGUUGAGAAAUUGAAGUAUCCAAUACUUUAUCAAUCAGGCGGAUUACGAUCGUUGUAUAUCGAUGGUCUCCCAAACAAAGACGUGAAUAUUUUCAAAGACAAUGUAAUUUCACUUGAGGAACUGACAAUGACAUCAAAGUUAGGAAACUGUUGUAUUCCGUAUAUCAAAGAAACAACAUUUCAAUCAGUACGCGCCAAUUUGAAAUUACUAAAUAUUUCCGAGUGUAUGAUAAAAAAGUUUGAAUUCGGUGCUCUCAGAGGUCUCAAAAAGUUAGAAGUACUUGAUUUGUCUAAUAACACAGAGUUAGGUUUUACAGCACUGGAGAACAUCUCCUUUGGUCUGCAAUUUACGAAUAUCAAGGUUUUUAAUUACUCCCACGUGCACAGACCUUUUGGAAAAUCGGUGACAGUGAGGAAGCGUGAUUUAUGUUACCUGUUUAACACAACAUUAGACGAGUUUGCCGUUGAAGGAAAUAGGAUUGACAUGUUCGAAUCGAACUCCUUCCUUUUAUUGCCUUCAAAUAUAACUACCUUUCGCAUAGGACGCAAUAGGCUUUCCAUUGGAUUGUACAUUAUUCAAUUAGGAUGUAUAUCAAGUUUGAUAAACUUGCAUACUGGAUACCUGGACACAUUUGGCCAGGUGAAAGAUUAUACUUUAUCUCCACAAUUUCUUGGUUAUAUAUCUAGUCACGAGGAUGAUUGUUACGAUAAUAAGCCGUCUAAUUGUCCUUUCAUGGCGGACGACUUCCUUAAUCGCACUGCUUCAUCACGACAACAAUUAACAUGCACGUUUUAUAAUGGACAUAAUAAUCCAGUAUCCCUACCAAAGAAUAUUAAAAACAUACAUGCACCCCAAUGUGGAUAUGUCUCAGCACUGAUAUCUAUUAUUAAUAUUGUUCAUAGCCGAUUGUUUCGUGGCUUCUUUCAGAUAGAAAGACUUGACUUAUCUAGAAACCGCAUCUACAACGUUACUGUUGAAUUCAUUAAAGCACGCCAUUUAAAAUACCUAGAUCUAUCAGAAAAUCGAUGUGAACAUAUGGAUAUUCGUACAGGAAUUACAGUUCCAAAUCUAGAAGAACUUCAAAUUCAAAAUAAUCUUUUAGGACCAUCUUUGGAAGACCGACAAUUUGAAACAUUUCCUAACCUUAAAGUGCUGAACCUUUCCGAUAACUUAAUACAAGAUCUUCCAAAGAAUGUGUUCAUGAACAUGACUAAUUUAAAAAUUCUUGAUCUUAGUAGUAAUAAAAUACAAGAAUGGACUGCAAAUAUAGAUUCACUGAAAUCUUUAAUUCACUUAAACUUAAGUCAUAACGUUUUGAGUUCCCUACCUUCUUCAUUAAUGAAUCACUUUGACAAAAUGGGACACAAUUUUUCGAUAGACCUGCGAAAUAAUACACUAAAAUAUUCCUGUAAUAACGAGGAUUUUCUUCUCUGGAUUGUUAAACACAAAAAAAAUAUUGUGGGAUAUGAAACAUUUACGUUUUCUGAUACCCUUACAUUUGAUGACGUCGAAAAGCAAAUUGCCAAACUGAAUAGGUCUUGCAAUGCCUACACAGCCCCAAUAGCCAUCUCGUCUGUUUUUAUCACAAUAUUCUUUCUGGUUGUUAUUGGAAGACUUGUAUAUAGAAACCGUUGGCAAAUACGAUAUUUCGUUUAUAUGACGAAGCGAAGAUAUUUUUCAAUCAAUAUUUUACCAGACGAAGACGUGGAUGGGAUGUACAAAUAUGGAGUUUUUAUAUCAUAUGCUGAGGACAACAAUCAGUUCAUAUCCGACCAGCUUGUUCCAAAUCUAGAGCAACAUGGUCUGUCACUCUGCAUCCAUCAAAGAGACUUUGUCGCUGGAAGGUCCAUCAUCGACAAUAUAAUUAGCGCAGUCCAGAGCAGUAAGAUUACGUUGGUCAUAUUGAGCCGGGAGUUUAUCAAUAGUAAAUGGUGUAUGUAUGAAUUCCAAAUGGCAAGAAUGGAGAGCAUUUAUACACGUGCUGAUAAUAAUUGUCUUUUAAUUGUAAUGAAAGACAACAUUCCAAUAGAGGACAUGCCGUUAGAAAUGAUGAACUGGAUCCGGUAUGAGUCUUAUUUAGAGUAUUCGGAAGACGUUGCUGGUGAGCAGUUGUUUUGGGAAAGGCUGAAAGAAACAUUAAAUAUUAAGUAAAUAUUGUAGUAAUUCGAACAAGGUCGACAAAUCAUUACAUGCUUACUAUGGGUGAUUGUAAUAAAUCAUCGUCUGUCCAACUAUCAAUAAGUGAGGUUAUAUUAUUCAUACACAAACGAUUUGAUACUUCGGUGAUCCAUUUCCAAGUUGGAAGUUCCAGAAUCAAUUCUUUGUGUUUAAAUUCAUUGCCGAUUACUUGAUGAUCUUGUUUUUCACAUACAUAUAUUGAAAAGAGGAUUAUCUUCAUUCUGAAAGUCAUAUUACAGGCAAAUAAUUAGUCCAAAUACAGUCACCAUUGCCUGUGCAAUUUUAAUUUGUCAAACACGAUAUAGUUUACAUAGGUGAUGAGAUCUAUGUCCAUAUAUGUGUAUAGUAGAAAAGCAUUGAACAUUCAUCUUGCAAAAAGAUCUUUGCCAAGAAACGACUACUGAUUACAACAGAGGAGAACAAAGAUCAACAAGGACGAGGAAUUCAGGAACACAGAACCACCGAUACGGAACCCAGUAGGACACCGAACUAAAACAGAAAAAGACGCUAGAACGAAAUAAAAGCGGGUAUUCUUGGCAACAUUUAAAACUUCAUCUUUAAUAUAGCAUGAUAGAACCGACAGACUGUCAACGAAAAUAGAUGCUUUGCUAUAUAUUGGACAUUACAAUUUUAUUUGCUUUGAAAUGUUGGUCUUAUUUUAUUUCAUGUAAAUUCUUAAUAUUACUGUUUUUGUGUGAGCAAUUUAAUAUGUAAAAACAAUGACUGCUAGUAGAAUGGUAUUUUUCCUAAUUGUAUCUUGAAAAAAAAUCAUACCCCCCCCCCCCUGAUCUGACUUUGGUAAACGUAUUGACACUAGUGUAAUCCGUGAAGGUAAAUUCAAAAACGUCAUACAUUUUGUAUUAAUUCAGCAAUUAUCUGGGGGUUUUUUUUCAAGGUGCUUUAUAAUUAAAAUUAUAAUGAACUUGUAAAAUGCGUUUAAGAUUCCUUUCUCAGUGUAAUUUUGCUUGUAAAAUGUGUGUACAUGUCUUUAACAAUUCCUCCUUUUGUGUGUUGCCAUUUUCAAAUAUAUUCAGAAACUUGUUUU